AUUUUAUUGAAAAAAACUUUUUAAAAAUAAUCGCGUUAUAUCUCGUUAUUGGGCAUCUAUGACCUGAUUCAGAGCACAUGUCAUGGACGUAUAUCAAAUAUGAUCAUGUACAGCUUGGGAAGGAGGACUUAAGAAUUCAAGUAGUCAUGACAACACAAGUAAAAUGUAAAGAUAUGGAGCGGAUCCUCUGAUCGGGUCUAUCUAUGAAGUAAGAUGGCUUCUUGUAUGACAGAGUUACAUCUUUGGACAUUGAGGAACCAAACCAUUGUGUCAGAUGGGGAUGUAGGCUGCUAUACUUACCAUGAGAGGGGAGAAACAGUGUCGGUGGUUGACCAGCCAUAUUACCAACAGAAACAGCAAUACACUGAAGGUAGGGGUACAACAUGGGCACCUAAAACAAAGAGACCUGAUAAACUAAGGGAUGCCAUUAAAGAAGCCGAGGAUUUACUAUCAGGUCAGCCAUGUGUUAGCUGUUUGUGGACAUCUCGCUAUUCUUUACAGAUACUAUUGGCAAAUGGAACCAUUUUGAACUACAGUGUUAAUCCAAACUCUGGAGAUGUUGAGAGGAUCACAAUAGACAAGUCACUGGUGGGGAAAUUGUCCGCUGAUGUAUUCACAGAUGUGAUAGUAACAGAUGCGUACUUUAUCAUGUCAUACAUGGAACGGGGGAAGUUAGACUUUGUAUACUUCAACAAGAAAUCUCAGGAAGGCGGGGCUAAGAAACAGGAGAAGAUUUCCACCCUUGAUCCAAAAGUGAGUCAGAUUGAUCUCCCUGGCCCCACCGGCAGGCGACUGAAACGUUCAUUAUCUGCUAAUGUCAAUCAAAAUAUGGUGCUUGUAUGGUGGCAUACAGCCAGUGAAGAGGCAUGGCCUUGGUCUCCCAUGUCCAGUGAUAUAGAACGUGCCAACAUGAUAUUGCUCAGCAUUGUAGGGUCAAAAGUAGAUAUAGCAGCGUUCAUCAGAACAGAGUAUGACCCAGUGGAUGUUUCAUUCAGUUGCCUUCAGCCACAUCAGAUCUUUUCAGUGGAACAGUCCUCUAAUGCUGUAGGGGAACAUACAGUGGAUAUAACAGUCUACGAACAUGUCAGAAAUAAGCUCCAAAGAGCAGCUGUUACAACAGUUCCUUUGAAAAGUAGUGUAGUGUGUCAAGCGAGGAACCAUGGAGAAGACAGACAGUUGCUUGGUUUGCAAGAUAAUACUCUGGUGCUUCAUGACGACCUCAGGAAGAUCACGCAGAUGACACAAGCUGAUGUGGAAGUCAGUGUUGUGUGUUGGCAUCCAGAAGACACCAUAUUCUGUGUGUGUAGUAAAACAGGAGAUAUCCAGUUAUUUGAUAUGGCUCUGUCUCCUCUCUUGACCAAAAUGGUGUCUGAGACACCAGUCACCAAGAAUGUACUCUCCCUUGCUCCAUAUUUUAGAUCUCCGCCAAGAGUUUGUUCGGUGGAAUGGUGCAACUUUCCCUGUGAAGCACCUGGCAUCGACACCACAGAACCACUGCUUAUACAUUUUGACAGGGGACCUCUUGGGCUACUUCUCUUCCAAGGUGGAGCGAUGAAUGGUAGUGUCCUGACCCCUUUACACCUGUUGAACCACUACUGCAGGCACAGGCAGAUGGACCAGGCAGUGAAUCUAUGUAGUAGCCUAAAUUGGGACUCAGAUGGGCCUAGUUGUUAUACAGUGCUGAGUAAGGUCAUGAACUGUCUACUAAAGAUGAGCCUUAACCCAGAUAGGGAAGCUCAAUUAGAGACAUGUCUUGGAUGUUUCUAUGCACCAUGCCGCCCUCUAUCAGAAGUGACUGUGUUAGAAUACAGGGAUCAGAUCAGUAGAUUGGCUCGGAGAUUCUUCCAUCAUCUUCUCAGGUAUUCUAGAUUUGAGAAAGCUUUCCUUCUAGCAGUCGACAUUGGCUCCAGGGACCUCUUCAUGGACAUAUACCAUGUUGCGAAAGACAGAGGAGAACUUGCUCUAGCAGCAGCUGCUAAACGUAAGGCAGACCAGAUAGAGGCACAGACUGUUGGACCUUAUGGUGUUGAAGGCUAUGGUGAGCUGGGCCCUGACCCUUAUUGGUCAGGGGAAGUGUCGCUGGAACCUAAUGGCUUAGUUGAGCAGCUGGACAGUAUGCAUGCCCCCCAGGCCCGCCAGGCCCCACAGACGCACUCACAGUAUGUGCAGCAGCUAGAGAGGGGAGAAGAUAUGGCUAGACUGAACCCUGCUCAACUCCAAGCACAGUUUGCGCCACCUAUAGACCCCAACUCUGUCACUAUACAGGAAGAAGAGGAAAUCGAUGAAACAUCCGGCACAGUGAAAGUUAUCCACUUUGGAAUGGUUUAAACUUGAAUGCCUAGGCAGAUCUCAUACAUCAGGGAACAGAGAUUUUUGAAGAGGGAUAUCAUAUGUAUAUGGAUGUAUAAUGAAACAAGAGAACCCAUGUAUCUGGGUUUCUACUGCAAAAUGGACUAUUGAUACAUGUUAUAUGUGUUUCUUAAGUGUUGUGAGCUAGAGACCCUAGGCCCCCUGUGCUAACUAGAUUCAAUCUGGGCCAAACUAAAAACAAUUUCAAAAGUCCUGUCAAAAGUUAGUAUACCAUAGCAGCGUCACUACUGUAAUACUUUCUAGCUGGGAAGGAGAAAAUCCUCACCCAAAUUACACAUUCCGUCCCCUUAUAUCUACUGAGUCUCG